UGUCAACUCACAACUGUCAAUGUCAAAUUUGUCCGUGUUUGCAUUAGCAAUGAAACAUUUUCGAAAGUCUAAACUUAUUAAAUUCCCAAUUUAUCGUUCAUUAUAUUAAGAAAUCGCUUUCGAAAAGGUCUCCGUAAAACAUAAAUGUCUAACUAUCAAGAAAUCGUUAACCUAAACAUCGGAGGGACAAGAUUCGCGACAUCCUGGCACACUUUAACAUGGGUUCCGGAUACAUUUUUCACGGCCCUACUGAGUGGUCGCAUACCCACGGUUCGGGAUGAAACUGGGGCCAUAUUUAUAGACAGAGAUCCAAAUCUGUUUGGUCUUAUAUUGAAUUUCUUAAGAACUAGAGACAUAGACCUCACAAAUGUAAACAUAAGGGCACUAAGGCACGAAUGUGACUAUUUUGGUAUUACUCCAUUAAGCAGAAGGCUUGCACUAUGUGAUGAAAUGAACCAUUCAUCCUGUGGGGAUGUAUUAUUCUAUGGAUAUCUUCCACCACCAUUGAAUGGCCCUCUACCAAAUAGUAAUGGAAGAAAUGGCAGCAAUGUAUCAAGAAAGAACUCGACAGCUUCAAACACAGAUGUUGCAGCUAAUAGAACACAUUCUAGGAAUUCAUCAUUGGACCUCCGCACAGUUGGCAGGAUACCUUCUCAAGAUCAGUUAAGCCGUUGUGGCAGAGGACAUUCAAGGGCAGCUUCUCUAGGCAACACAGACAGUCACAAAGGAUUGCGUCCACAAGAAACUAAUACUUGGCAAGAAAAUGUAAAAGUACAAAUAAUAAAGGCACAUCACAACUGGGUUGCUGUUGCAUACACACACUUUGUUACUGGUUACAGAUUAACAGACUCUUGUGGGUGGUAUGUCGUCUUCCAGUCGCCAGUACAGGACUCUGUGAUAGAGAGAAUAGCUUUAAACGCUAAGACAGGCGGCUCAGCGACCUCCAGUGGGAACAACACGACGGGCACUGAUGUAAUGCUCGGUAUAGCGAGCGGGCCACUUGUUAGGUUAUGGGCCUUUUCUACACACACAGAGCCAGUUAGACGAACAUUAAUAGGCACAUUCAAUUUAGGUGUUCGCGUAGAGCACCUUUUGUUUGUGGGUCCCCAGCUGGUGGCGCUGAGCGGCGCCGGCAGCCGCAGCAAGGCCGGCGUGUGGCACACCAGCACGCAGCACUGGCAGACGCAGGACGUCGCCCACCUCACCACCUACGACACCGCCGGCUCCUUCCUGUUGCUCGGCACUGCGACCGGUGCUAUCAAUUAUAUCGAUAUGCAAAAGUUCCCACUAAGGAUGAAAGACAAUGAUCUCCUCGUAACGCAGCUAUACAAGGACCCCAAUCAAGAGCCCAUCACUGCGAUAUCUGUGUACCUCACGCCGAAGACCAAUUUAUGCGGCAACUGGAUAGAGAUAGCGUACGGCACCAGGUACGGCUCGGUGCGCGUGAUCGUGCAGCACCCGGAGACCGUGGGGCACGGCCCGCAGCUGUUCCAGACCUUCACCGUGCACCAGAGUCCAGUCACUAAGGUAUCUCUAUCGGAGAACUACUUAAUAUCGGUGUGCAGCGAAUACAACCACGUGAGGUCCUGGCGCGUGACCCGUUUCAGGGGCAUGAUCUCCACGCAGCCAGGCACCACGCCCAAGGCAGCUUUCAAAGUCCUGGCUUUAGAAGCACCGACUGCUCAGCCACAUAACGAUUGUGGUCCGUAUGGUGAACAGGAUGAAGAACAAAUAUUCAUCCAAAAAGUCGUGCCUGAUACGGACACACUGUACGUGCGAUUGGCUUCCAACGGGAAAAGGGUCUGCACGAUCCGUUCGGUGGACGGGUCGGCGGUGUCGUGUUUCGUGGUGGCGGAGUGCGAGGGCGCGCUGCGGCCGCGCCGCCUGCUGCUGUGCGGGCACCGCUCGGGCGCCACGCAGAUGUGGGACCUCACCGGGCCCAUCGACAAGGCGGCCAAGGCGCUGCAGGCCGUCGCCAGUGCCACCACGAGCGGCGGCAGCGGUGGUGGUGAAGGUGAAGAAUCUCCCGUACCGGACGGCGGUCCGUCGCCCGACGAGCUGGUCCGCCUGCUGACGGCGUGCGACCUGGACGCGUCGCCCGCGCCCGUCCUGCCACAGUCGCCAAACCGGCCCAUACAGCCGUGAACCGCGUUGUGCGACGCGGCGCGACGGCUAUACUCACUAGUUGUAGGUUAAACCAAUUGUAUCGUUAACACUAGCGAACGCCCGCGACAUCGUCCGCGUGGAAUUUAGUUUUUCACAAAUCCCUCGGGAACCAUGGAUUUUUCCGGGAUAAAAAGUAGCCUACGUGUUAAUCCAUGCUAUAAUAUAUCUCAAUACCAAAUUUCAGCUAAUUCGGUUAAGUAGUCGAGGCGUGAAAGAACGCGAUAAUCUCAGGAACUACUGGUCGGAUUCGAAAAAUUCUUUCAGUGUUACAUAGCCCAUUUGUUGAAGAUGGCUAUAGGCUAUAAUUUAUCCUCGUAUUCCUAUGGGAACGGGAACCACGCGAUUGAAACAGCGCGGUUACAGCUACUUUUUUUAUACGUAGCAUAAUUCUCAUUUGAAACUUCGGGAUGUUAAUUUGUCUUGUAAGUUAAUUUCUGAUUCUACUAAUUAAUUACUUUGAUUUUUUCUCCGCAAUUAUUUUCUAUUCUAUUCUCUUUGUAUUAUGAAAAAUGUGAUUUUCAUUGACACAACAUGAUGGAUUAAUUGAUCUUAUUAUGUAGUAUUUAAUGACUUAUUUUAAAUACAUCAUAUUUUGUGGAGCUUCAUAAAUUUACAUUAGGUAGGUAUAUAAAAACGAAAAUUGUAUAUAUAAAAGUUGAAAAUUUGAAUUGUCUAAUAAAUUAAUGAAUUUGUAAUAUAUAUUAAAAAUCUACUAUAAAUAAAUUUUAGGAUUAUUGUGUUUAUAAUAUUAUCGAUGUUGUGUCCCUUUAGUGUUUGGUAGAUGAGCUCAAUAUGAUAGAUUAUAUUUAUGUAAUCCUCAAUCUGAUUGAUAUACGUGAUUUAAUAAUGAAUAAAUUCUAAGUUUAUUGCUCAGAACACCAUUGCAGCAACAUUUUGCUGCAAAUCGUGUUUUUAGAAUGUAUUUCACAAAUCUAUGGUCCUAUUCUGUUAGUAGGUACCAGGGGCGAUGGUUCCUAACAACCCGAUUCCUAUCGGGUUACCUUUCAAACAUCCACGGACGUUAAUAAUAAUUUAACGUACUCAGCUAAAACACAUUCAGACUAAAAACACAUAAACUAGAAAAUAUCAGUCUUCGCUACUGGUACCUAUAUCUAAAUUAUAUUAACGUGGCACCUCAGUACAGUGUUUGAUGUUAAAAGUUUUACGUGUCUGUCUGUGCCAUAGCUCCCGAAAUUUUCAUUUUACCUUAAAAUUUACUAAAGACUUGUUUUGAACAUUGCUAAAAGAAUCGACUUAUGUUUUCUUAUAUUAAAAGUUUGAAUUAUUGUGUAAAUUUCUGUGGACCAUACAAAAAAUGAAUGAAAGAAUCAAUUUUUUUAAAUCUUCUUAAUAAGUUAUUAUUAAAUGUAUUAUAUUUAUUGUCUACCUAUUUACUCCAAACUUAAAUGAUGUCCUAUAAUGUUAUAUUUAUGAGGGAUAUAAGAUCUUUACUAUAAAAUUAUGUAUGUAGAUAUGACUGAAUUUAACUAUUAGAUUUGAAUAUUGUAAUUUAUAGUAGUGGAUUAUUUUUGUUAUUUCGAUGUUGUUGGCUGACGUAGUUGUUAAAAUGUUAGCAUAUUACAAUGUCUACAAGUACCCUAUUUUUGGGCACUAAAAUCUCAUGCCUCGAGAAGUCUCUUCGACCUAGAAUUCAGAGCUGUAAAGUCAGUUUAUAAAAAAAAAAACGUGAAGACAGUCGCCAUUUUGUUGGCUGUAAUAUGUAAUGAUAAUUAUAGAUGGAUUUGGUAUCUAUUGUCGUAAUUAAAUAUUACAGAUUUUACGAUCAAUUCCAGUUUUCCAUUAUUAUUCUAGUCCUAACUAUCCAGGGCUAUAUUUUCACUGAAUUAAACUAAAUCUUGGUCGGUUUAGGCCUUGUUCACAUUAUUAAACAUAUCAGCUGAGAGACGUCUACUGCUGGAUAUAGGCUUUUUGCAAGGACUUCCAAACGAAAUCCUGUGAUGUUAAGAAAUAAUUCAAAAGUUGUUCUAAUUUACGGCCUUCGUAGCGCGGUGGAUUUACAAGACUCUAGAUUCAAUCCCCGGCUGGGCCGAUUGAGGUUUUCUUAAUUGGUCAGGUCUGGUUGUUAGGAGGCUUCGGUCGUGACUAGUUACUACCCUACCGGCAAAGACGUACCACCAAGCGAUUUAGCUUCCCGGUACAUUGUCGUGUAGAAACCGAAACCGGGUGUGAAUUUUCAUCCUCCUCCUAAAAUGUUAACCCGCUUCCUUCUUAGAUUGCAUUAUCACUUACCAUCAGGCGAGAUCGUAGUAACUUAGGUAUAAACUAAGGGUAUAAAGAAUUUAAAAAAAUAUAUUUAAUAGAAUAAAUUACUGGAAUUGUAAUGCGUGAAUCGUAAACUUCGAUGGCUGGAGACAGCAAGUCAUGUUAUUGGAUUAAAGGCAUUUAAUCCAAUGCUGAAAGUGAGGCAUUACAUGGAAGAACGGAAAUAUGUCAAUGUUAAUUGUUGGAUCUAAGGGUAUAUUGCUUAUUGCACAUUUCGAAAUAUGCAGAAUAAACUACUUAUUUCUAAUCAAAUUGUAAAAAAUUGGAAAUUAUGUGUAUAUUAGAAUGUUAAAUGUGGCUUAUUCCAAUUAACCCCACCACACUUUAGUGUGACUAAAACAUUUUAUCAACAUCUUUGUUGGUUCAAAGUGGAACAAGCCAAAGUACAGCGCAUUUUGCCUAUAUUUUUUUAAUCAAAUCUGUUAUAUGUGGCAUUUGGUGUAGAUGAGUAAGUUUUAUGUUAGAUAUUAUAAUAAUGAGAUGAAUAGACAUGAUGAGUUAACAAGAAUCACUAUAAUUAUGUAUUUAUCUAAUAAAAUAAGAUUCAUGAAUUACAAAAA